GUGAAAAAAAUUCCGUAAUUUCUAUUUCGUGAGGAACGAACCUCUAAUAAAAAAAAACAUAGUUGAAAAAAAGGCUGAGUUAAAUACCAGAUUUACCCUUCAAACAACUGAAAAACCCUAAUUGCUACAAACCAGAGAAGUUCCUCCGCAGAGCGGCCAAGUCGUCGUCGUCGUCUGCUCCAAAAAAGAAUCCGAAACCUUCGAUUUCCCGGCUCUCAUAUUUCUUCCAAUGGCCGAUAACACCCGAAAUAUCCGAAACAUAUGCAUACUGGCGCACGUGGAUCACGGCAAGACCACGCUCGCCGACCACCUAAUCGCCGGAACCGGUUCCGGCGUCGUCCACCCGAAACUCGCCGGGCGCCUCCGGUUCAUGGACUAUCUCGACGAGGAACAGAGGCGGGCCAUCACCAUGAAAAGCUCCUCGAUUGCGCUCCACUACAAAGACCACUCCAUCAAUCUCAUCGACUCCCCGGGCCACAUGGACUUUUGCAGCGAGGUCUCCACCGCCGCCCGAUUGAGCGACGGCGCUCUGGUCCUGGUCGACGCCGUCGAGGGCGUCCACAUCCAGACGCACGCCGUGUUGCGCCAGGCCUGGAUUGAGAAGCUGACGCCGUGCUUGGUGCUGAACAAGAUCGACCGGCUGAUCUCCGAGCUUAAAUUGAGCCCCAUGGAAGCUUACACGAGGUUAGUUCGUAUUGUUCAUGAGGUUAAUUGGAUUGUGAGUGCGUAUAAGAGCGAGAAAUACUUGUCCGACGUGGAUGCUAUACUUUCUGGGCCGGCGGGGGAUGUGGGUAGUGAUGAAAAUCUGAGCUUUUUGGAUGUGGAGGAUGAUGAGGAAGAUACGUUUCAACCCCAGAAAGGGAAUGUGGCGUUUGUGUGUGCUUUGGACGGUUGGGGUUUCUGCAUUAGUGAGUUUGCUGAGAUUUACGCUUCGAAAUUUGGGGUGAGUGCGGCAGCAUUGACAAAGGCUUUGUGGGGACCUAGGUACUUUAAUCCGAAAACCAAGAUGAUUUUGGGGAAGAAAGGUGUAGCUGGUAUGAAAAAUGCUAGGCCAAUGUUUGUUCAGUUUGUGCUUGAGCCGCUCUGGCAGGUUUAUCAGGCCGCUUUGGACGAUGAUGGCGGUGGGAAAGUGAUGCUUGAGAAAGUUAUUAAGUCCUUUAAUUUGAAUGUGCCGCCUCGUGAGCUUCAGAACAAGGAUCAGAAGGUUGUGCUUCAAGCAGUGAUGAGUCGUUGGCUUCCGCUUUCUGAUGCUGUGUUGUCGAUGGUUGUGAGGUGUAUGCCUGACCCAGUUGCAGCACAGGCGUUUAGGAUAGGGCGGUUGCUUCCAAAGAGACAAGUUUUGAGUGAUGGGGUUGAUUCCGAUGCGCUUGCAGAGGCGGAGCUUGUGAGGAAAUCGGUUGAAGCUUGUGAUUCGAGCCCUGAAGCUCCCUGUGUUGCUUUUGUAUCCAAAAUGUUUGCUGUCCCUAUGAAAGUACUUCCACAGAGGGGAUUAGAUGGGGAAAUUGAAAACAACGUAAGUGAUGAGGGUGAAUUGAAUGAGUGUUUCCUUGCAUUUGCAAGGAUCUUUAGUGGGGUUCUUUAUUCAGGACAGAAAAUUUAUGUGCUUUCGGCUUUGUAUGAUCCAUUAAAAGGGGAGUCAGUGAAAAAGCAUUUGCAGGUGGCUGAGUUGCAAUCUCUGUAUCUCAUGAUGGGCCAAGGCUUAACACAUGUGGCCUCUGCCCAUGCCGGGAAUCUUGUGGCAAUUCGAGGCCUUGGCCAGCAUAUACUGAAAAGUGCAACACUUUCAUCGACAAAAAACUGUUGGCCUUUCUCCAGUAUGGCUUUCCAGAUUGCUCCUACUCUGAGAGUCGCAAUUGAGCCAACUCAUCCUGCGGAUAUGGGUGCACUGACUAAAGGUUUACGGCUGCUGAACCGGGCUGACCCGUUUGUUGGGGUAACAGUUUCUGAUAGGGGAGAAAAUGUGCUGUCUGCUGCAGGAGAGGUGCAUCUUGAAAGAUGCAUAAAAGAUUUGAAGGAGAGAUUUGCAAGGGUAAGCCUGGAAGUGUCUCCACCUCUUGUGUCUUAUAAAGAGACCAUUGAGGGUAAUGUAGCCGACAAACUUGAGAAUUUGAAAUUCUUUCGUACAAGCUCAGAUUAUGUUGAGAAAAAGACAGCAAACGGUAGGUGUAUGAUAAAGGUGCAAGUCAUAAAGCUCCCACCCUCUUUAACUAAGGUGCUUGAAGAUAGUUCUGAUUUACUUGGAGAUAUCCUUGGAGGUAGAGCUUCUCAGACCAGUAAAAGUUUUGACACAGAGAUUUCAAGGAUUGCAGAAGAUGAGAACCCGAUUGAAGCACUGAAGAAACGUAUCAUGGAUGCUGUGGAGAGUGAUAUUCUGUCUAGUGGUGAUGACGACAAGGAUAGGAUUGAGAAGUGUAAACUAAAGUGGCAAAAAUUACUUAAAAGGAUAUGGGCGCUUGGCCCUUCGCAAGUAGGUCCUAAUAUCCUCCUUACUCCAGACCUCAAAGGAAAGGGUUCAGAUGGCUCUGUCCUCAUCUGUGGUUCCUCUCAUGUAUCUCAAAAAUUAGGGUUUGUGGAUGCUUCUGGCAGUGGCAAUACACCUGCUGAUACAUCUUCAGAAGUAGCUCAAACAUUGUUAGUUGAGGCGGAGAGCCUUGAAAGCAGUGUAGUAUCUGGGUUUCAAGUGGCGACAGCAGCUGGACCUUUAUGCGAUGAACCUGUGCGGGGUUUAGCAUUUAUUAUCGAGGCUAAAAUUGAACCAUUGAUGGCUCAGUCUGAUGAAGGGGAAGCCUCCCACCACCAACCUGAGCAAUAUGGUAUCUUCAGAGGACAGGUAAUGACAACCAUCAAAGAUGCUUGUAGAGAAGCUGUACUUCAAAAGAAGCCACGGCUUGUGGAGGCCAUGUACUUCUGUGAGUUGAAUACGUCAACUGAGCAUUUGGGUUCUAUGUACGCUGUGCUUGGGCGAAGGCGGGCUAGAGUUUUAAAGGAGGAAAUGCAGGAAGGCUCCCCAUUGUUCACUGUGCAUGCAUAUGUGCCAGUUUCUGAAAGCUUUGGUUUUGCGGAUGAGCUUAGAAGAUGGACUGCUGGUGCUGCAAGUGCUCUUCUUGUGCUUAGUCACUGGGAAGCACUUCCAGAAGAUCCUUUCUUUGUACCAAAAACAGAAGAAGAAAUUGAGGAGUUUGGUGACGGGUCUAGCAUGCUUCCCAAUACUGCAAGGAAACUAAUUAACGGUGUAAGACGGAAGAAGGGCCUUCCUGUAGAGGAAAAAGUAGUACAGCACGCGACCAAGCAGAGGACCCUGGCUCGUAAAGUGUAAGAGGUUGGUGAUACACUUUAGCUUUAGGGUUAGGGCCAAGUUAGAUGAUUGAUUUACUACUUCUGUCGAAAUGCAGGAGUUUUUGGUAUGGUUGUAAUUUACUUACUAUAGUUUAAUAUCUUCUGGCAAAUUGGCAAUGCUGCUAUAGAGUGAGACUAAUUUGGUUGCGUAA